ACAGUGACCUUUGAGGAAGUGGCCGUGCGCUUCACAGAGGGAGAGUGGGGUUUACUAGAUCCAGGCCAAAGGGCGCUGUAUAGAGAAGUCAUGGUGGAGAACUAUGGGAACGUGGCCUCGUUGGAAGGACCUCCAGCAGCCAAACCUGACCUCAUUUCUUGGCUGGAAGAAAAAGAAGAGGGAUUUGACCAAAACUCUGAAGAAGGGGAAAGACCGGCAGGCUGUGUUCCAACUGGCGGGGUAUGGGACGGCAAAGGUGACACAGAACCCCUUGAGCUGUUGUCCAACAGAAGUGGGAGAGAAGAGGUGGAAGACUUGGGGAAUCAAAGCGAGACAACGAUGCAGGAGGAAAACCAGCUGAUCGAGCUGUGGAGGAAGAAGUCAAAUGAUGGCGACAUUGUGACAAUGACCGGGGAAGAGAAUUUUCAACAGGAAGGCCUCAUAUUGGAAGAGUCACCAGAGCCUUUACCAGGAGGGUCCCAGCAGACAGCUUCCUUCCCAGCCAAAGCUACUGAGACUGAUGAUAUCGAGAGCGAGAGUGAGUGGGAACCCGGAGAGAUGAUGUCUGAAGAAACAGAGGAUGAAGAUACAGAACAGAACUAUGGGAGUCAGAAUGGACCAGAAAGGCAGGAAGAAGACCCAUCAGCAAUGUGGAGAAACAAAACCCCUGAUAACCAGGCUAACAACUUCCACGGAGCACUAGCUCAGAAGAAAACAUACAAAGGAAAGAGAAAGAACCAGUGCAAAGUUUGUGGGAAAAGCUUCACUCGUAAGUCAAGCCUUAAGGUGCACCAGAGAAUCCACACGGGUGAAAAGCCUUACAAAUGUACAGUCUGUAGCAAGGGUUUUUGUGAUAAAACCAGCUUUCUCAGGCACCAGAGGAUCCAUACUGGUGAGAAACCUUAUAAGUGCCCAGAUUGUGGGAAAAGCUUCAAUCGGACCACCAACCUUAUCACACACCAGAAAACCCACGUGGAGACUCGAGAGAAAACGUUCCACUGCUCCAGCUGCAGCAAGAGUUUUUACAACAAGUACAGCCUCAAGACGCACUGGCGCAGCCACACCGGGGAGAAGCCCUACAAAUGCUCCAGCUGCAGCAAGAGCUUUUGCGACAAAUCCAACCUGGAGGCCCACUGGCGGGUGCACACAGGCGAGAGGCCCUUCGAAUGCUCGGAAUGCGGGAAGACCUUCAGCGACCGCCGGACCCUCCUGCGGCACCAGCGCAUCCACACCGGGGAGAAGCCCUACCGGUGCUCAGAGUGUGGGAAGAGCUUCAACGAUCUUGCUACACUCCUGCGGCACCAGAAGAUCCACACAGGGGAGAAGCCAUACCGGUGCACAGAAUGCGGGAAGAGCUUCAACCAGAGUUCACACUUGAUCCGCCACCAGGCAACGCAUGAGCAACGCCAGAGGGGCACCUCACGUGGGGCCAAAGCGGCUUCCAUUGGAACCAAUAUUGGAACCAAUAUCUUUUUGGACAUAGGUGAUUUCUCCCAGGAGGGCUACUACAGGUACACUCACCCAACAGAAACCUUCCACUGGCCACUCACAUCAUACUCCCCUUCCACAGAUACAGGAGGCGGAGGUGGCAUUACAAAUGUCUGGACUAUUGCGGAGUCUCCUGUUGGAGAUCAACCCAUCUUAGUUAUGAAAGAACUCCCAGAGGACCGAACCAUCACCCUGUGAGCACUUUGUACGCACAAGGGGGUUUCCUUUCUUCCUUUCAGCGGAGACUUCCCCAUUGAGCAUUACAGUCCGGUCAAGAGAGGAUUCUGAUCGUUGUCUAGACGCUCCUAAAAGUGACCAUGGUCCUAAAAGUGACCAUGGUUCCAAGAUUAAAUUUCUCAACCCUCAAUGAGGUAGCCUUAUACAAAUGGACCUGCUACCGGGGACUGGCACAAAUGGAGAAAAAAAAAUCCAGAUAGAAAAGUCUCUGGGAAGAUGCCAUGUUAGUUCCAGUAGUGAAAGACAGGCACGGAGUCUGUGAUAUUUCACUCCUCUGUCUUCUUGGCCGGCAUCCGUUAUCUAUAUUUAUUAGAGCAAUCCGCUUCUUGACAGUUCCCAUAGCAAUGCAUGCCUUAGAAAAGGAAUUGAGAUGGAUCAUGGGAGAUUAUGCAAUUCUGAAUGGCCUUCAAUGAAAGGUUCAGACUUUCCAUUUCACAGCACUAUUUAGAUUGACUGAGAUUGGACAACCUACGGAGUGACUUGGAAAUCAUCUCUCUGGAAGACCAGACCAUGGUUUGAGGGUUGUAAAGAUCUUUGCCCCUCCUCCCCCUUUCAUCUCAUAAGGUUUUCAAAUCAGCUUAUCUUUAACUUGAGAGAAAAGAAACAAAUUAGAAACGGGUAUCUUUGAUUUGUUCUGAUUAACACCACAUUUGAAAAGGAUGUCUAAAAAAAAGGCUUGUUGUUUCUUGGCUGGUUAGAUGAGGCAGUAGAUAGUUGAAUUUGCCACAGCAUGUAUCUAAAAAGUUGUCAAGAAUAUAUUGGAAUGCAGCUUCUCGUAUCAGAAGAAAUUUGCUUUUUAAAAAAUAAGUGGGUAGAAGGCAUAUGGAAAUAUACCAACCAGAAUCCCAUAAGGGUGUCCAGUGCAAGAGAUUAUUU